GUCUUUAAUGUGCAAUCUGUUUUCUCCAGCGGAGGGCACUCAGUGUAUCACAAACUCAAGCAUUAGCACCAACAAGCUCUGAGCAUCAUCAGUCUCUGGAAAGCCUUCUGAAUUAGACAAGGGCUGCCUCUCAGCACAGCUACAAAACACUUUAAACCUGACCAGCUAAAUGGAUAAACCUAGCCUGCAUAGCUUUUAAACUGGGGUCUCACACAGCACAGGAGGCCUACUUGCUUCAAGAACUGAAAAUCCAGAGGAUGAAUUGCUUUAUCUGGAAAUGGCAAAAGCCAGCACAAUAAGGAAUGCCAGGUUUCCAUUUAAUUACGCAGCUGAAAGGCAUGAGUGUGGUGCUGGUGCUACUUCCUACGCUGCUGCUUGUCAUGCUCACAGGGGCUCAGAGAGCUUGCCCAAAGAACUGCAGAUGUGAUGGCAAAAUUGUGUACUGUGAGUCUCAUGCUUUUGCAGAUAUCCCUGAGAAUAUUUCUGGUGGGUCACAAGGCUUAUCACUGAGGUUCAACAGCAUUCAGAAGCUCAAAUCCAAUCAAUUUGCUGGCCUUAACCAGCUUAUAUGGCUUUAUCUUGACCAUAAUUACAUUAGCUCUGUGGAUGAAGAUGCAUUUCAAGGGAUCCGCAGACUGAAAGAAUUAAUUCUGAGCUCCAACAAAAUUACCUAUCUGCACAAUAAAACAUUUCACCCAGUCCCCAAUCUCCGCAAUCUGGACCUCUCCUACAAUAAGCUACAGACAUUGCAAUCGGAACAAUUCAAAGGCCUUCGGAAACUCAUCAUUUUGCACUUGAGGUCUAACUCACUCAAGACUGUGCCGAUUAGAGUUUUUCAAGACUGUCGGAAUCUUGAUUUUCUGGAUUUGGGUUACAAUCGUCUUCGAAGCUUGUCCCGAAAUGCAUUUGCUGGCCUUUUGAAGUUGAAGGAGCUCCACUUGGAGCACAACCAGUUUUCCAAGAUCAACUUUGCUCAUUUCCCACGUCUCUUCAACCUCCGCUCAAUUUACUUACAGUGGAACAGGAUUCGCUCCAUUAGCCAAGGCUUGACAUGGACAUGGAGUUCCUUACAUAACUUGGAUUUAUCAGGGAAUGAUAUCCAAGGGAUCGAACCAGGCACAUUUAAAUGCCUCCCCAAUUUGCAAAAAUUGAAUUUGGAUUCCAACAAACUCACCAACAUCUCACAGGAAACUGUCAACACGUGGAUAUCAUUAAUAUCCAUUACCUUGUCUGGAAAUAUGUGGGAAUGCAGUAGGAGCAUUUGUCCUCUGUUUUAUUGGCUUAAAAAUUUCAAAGGAAAUAAGGAAAGCACCAUGAUAUGUGCAGGACCUAAGCACAUCCAAGGUGAAAAGGUUAGUGAUGCAGUGGAAACCUAUAAUAUCUGUUCGGAAGUCCAGGUGGUUAACACAGAAAAAUCACACCUGGUGCCCCAAACUCCCCAGAAACCUCUGAGUAUCCCUAAGCCUACCAUCUUCAGAUCUGGUGUCACCCAACCCACCCUAGAAACACCAAGCCCUUCCCCAGGGUUCCAGCUUCCUGGCACAGAGCAAGAGUAUGAGCAUGUUUCUUUUCACAAAAUCAUUGCAGGGAGUGUGGCUCUCUUUCUCUCAGUGGCCAUGAUCCUCUUGGUAAUCUAUGUGUCUUGGAAACGCUAUCCAGCCAGCAUGAAGCAACUCCAGCAACACUCUCUUAUGAAGAGGAGGCGGAAAAAGGCCAGAGAGUCUGAAAGACAAAUGAAUUCGCCUUUACAGGAGUAUUAUGUGGACUACAAGCCUACAAACUCUGAGACCAUGGAUAUAUCGGUUAAUGGAUCUGGGCCCUGCACAUAUACCAUCUCUGGCUCCAGGGAAUGUGAGAUGCCUCACCACGUGAAGCCCUUGCCGUAUUACAGCUAUGACCAGCCCGUGAUCAGUUACUGCCAGGCUCACCAGCCGCUCCAUGUCAACAAGGGCUAUGAGACAGUAUCUCCCGAGCAGGACGACAGCCCGAGCCUGGAGCUGGGUCGAGAUCACAGCUUCAUCGCCACCAUUGCCAGGUCGGCAGCGCCCGCCAUCUACCUGGAGAGAAUAACAAACUAAUGCGGAAGUCCACUCCUGCUUGGGGAACUCGCUGGCAGAAAGGGCGGGCUUUCUUCUCAAGGGAGGAUGGGGUGUCCCAAAUCGCACAGUUCUGCAAGCUCAUUGUUUCUGUCAAAGCAUUUAUGACAUAG